GUUCUAUGUUCACAUGCAGAGACUGACAAUGUCGAAGCUAGUAGCGGCAAUUUUAAUUUUUCUACUCAUCAAUAAUCAUCCCAAUGAUGCUGAAGGCAGAGAUGUUGAAGACCCAUUGCGACAACAAAACAAAACCAAUCAACCAUCGUUAUAUAAAAUACCAGAAACAAUGGUUUUACUUAAAAAUAAAACUUAUGUGAACGUGACAAGAAAACCCCGAUUCUUAUCGGGUUUAUCUUUCCUGACUGGUUUAGGACUGGGUAGUAUUGCUGGGGCAGCCGCACUCAACGAUCCCGCUUUACUUACCGUUGCCAACUAUAAUAUCAUCCCCAGAUUAUCAACAAGCACAACAACAACAACAACAACAACAAUGGCUACACCUCCAACGAAUUUAGAUUUAAAUAUCAAUUCGUCUGAUUUUUUUCCACUGGCAAGAGUCCCCGAAGCCAAUAUUCACAGCUCUAACUAUCCGUAUGUUCUCGCGUUGUCCACCAAUGUCCUUGUAAAUAAAACUCUGAGAUCUGUGCACCAAGCACUCCAAGAGCUUCAGGCCCAGUUCGAACGUAAGCAGAUAGUGGAUGAUGUGGACGAUGUUGAGAAUGAGGAACCAAACAAUCUGAGCAUGUAUAGGAACAAGGAUGAUUAUGUGGUGGUAAAUUGUACGACACUGAGAGAUAUCGUCAGAGCAUCCAUCGCUGAGCAAACUGCAAAGGACAACCAAAAUUUUUUUAAGCAAGCUAAACCAGUAGUACCAAGUAAUACACCAACUGAGCCCCCCCAGACAGAUGAAACUACUGUGCAAUAUUCGACAACCCCUGCAACUGAUACAACGACGACAAUGGUGACCACAACCCCAUCAAACCUUCCGUUAAUUCAGCCACAAUUUGAUGGAUACUACUAUGGCAGUCAGUCCUCUAACAUCUCCGGGGUUGACAUAACGUCAGAAAUCUAUGCUCCUCCAGCUCAACAAAUCUACUCCCUUUAUCCUCCGGUCUUUGGAUCUAUUUCAUUUUAUCCAGAUCAUCGUCCUGAUCAUUAUGAAACUUAUCAUGGUGCUAGUAGUGGAUUCAAUGGGAUCAGCGAAUCCUAUCCUCAUUACGAAAAUUAUGGUAGAAGUAGGAAAUUUCCGUCAGCAAGAGAGAGUAAAGAUUCCAAGGGUUUUAUCCUUACAAAAAUAUAAGUCCAUACGGUUGUAUUUUCAUUUUUUCAAUUUAUCAAUAUUUCAAUAUAAUCCCUUCAAGUUUAGUUCUUUCCCAAACAAAUGUACAAUUAUAUUAUUAACAAUACCAAAGAGGAGAAAAAAAAUAGUACUAAGAGUUAAAAAAUUGACAAAGAAUUGAGAUGGAUUGCAUGUACACCUUAAUAUUACUUAUUGAAUUAUCAUUUCUAUAUUUUUUCGGAAUUAUCCAUUAUAGAAUCAUAUACGUCUAUUUUAUAGACUUACAU